GUAGAAGCAAACUUACAUUCAUAUUAUUUCUGGCAGACACUGCUUCAGUCAGUAUAGUUUGGCAUUGACCGUAGAUACAAUCCAAACAGUUUCUUUCUCGCAGAAAGCUUUCAUCUUCAUAUAAUUACACAUCUCGACAAAAAUCUUGUUCGACAUGGACUAUUUUCAACUACUGUGUGGCAUUUCCGUACUACUUCUUGCGAUCUAUUACCAUUACUCCUCAUGCUACAACUUUUGGAAAAGUCGCAAUAUACCUGGACCAAAACCGAUAAUCUUCAUUGGCAACUUUCUGACCGUCCUUCUUAAAAGAGAGUCGAUAGCCGAUUGGACGAAGAGGUUGUACGACCAAUAUAAGAAUGAACCAGCUUUUGGGAUAUACAUGGGAACAUCACCACUUCUGAUUCCCAAUAACUUAGAUAUAAUUAAAGAUAUUCUCAUCAGGGACUUCUCUUUAUUCGCUGAGCGAGGAUUUAAAAUAUUUGAUGAAAAAAUAGAACCAAUACAUCAAAAUCUCGUCAUGUUAGAAGCUGAAAGAUGGCGGCCGUUGAGAGCUAAACUCUCGCCGGUAUUCACAUCCGGCAAGCUCAAAGAAAUGUUCCCACUUAUAGUAGAAUGCGCGGGAAAGUUGGAGAAACACUUGGAAAAAUUAGCAGAGGAGGACGAACCAGUGGAGUGCCGUGAGUUGACUGCAAAAUUCGGGAUCGAUUCGAUCGGUAGCUGUGCUUUUGGACUAGACAUGAAUGCUCUCGACAAUGAGAACUCCGAAUUUCUUCGAAUGAGCAAACAAAUUUUCGCAAUUAACACGAAACAGAUAAUUCGUGAUUUUUGUAGAGAAUUUACACCAUCCUUGUAUAAAGUAAUUGGUUCUUACCUCCAACCAAAAGAAGUUAACGAUUUUUUUCUAAAUUUAUUUAUCGAUACGACGAAGUACAGGAUGAAUAAUAACAUAAUCAGACCAGAUUUUGUGCACUUGCUGAUGGAACUGAAGAAACACCCCGAUAGAGUUAACAAUAUUGAACUCACAGACGCGUUGCUUGCUUCGCAAACUUUCACUUUCUUCAUCGGUGGAUUCGAAACAUCUUCCUCAACGAUGUCACAUGCUCUUUACGAGUUAGCACAAAAUCCCGAAAUACAAGAUAAACUAAGAGAAGAAAUUAGAGACGUAUACGACAAAAAUAAUGGAGUUUUGACAUACGCAGAUAUCAGUAGAAUGAAAUACUUGGAUAAAGUGCUUAAAGAAACACUAAGAAAGUACCCGCCAUUACCUAUUUUAAAUAGGCAAGUGAUGGAAAAUUAUACGUUUAAAGGCACGAAAAUUUCCAUACCAAAAGGAACAAAUAUAUGUAUAUCAAUAUAUGCCAUUCAAAAUGAUCCAAAUGUAUAUCCGGAUCCUGAGAAAUUCGAUCCUGAAAGAUUUAACGAAGAUGCUGUCGCCGCUAGGCAUCCUAUGAGUUAUCUGUCUUUUGGCGAUGGACCAAGAAACUGCAUUGGUGCCCGUUUCGCGCAAUAUCAAAGCAAGGUUGGACUUGCAACGAUUCUGCGUAACCACAGAGUCGAUGUCUGCGAGAAAACCAAAAUUCCCUUUGAAAAUGACAAUCGUACCGUUAUAUUGGCGCUGAAAGGAGGAGUGUAUUUGAAAAUAGCUAAGAUAAGAGAAAUUAUGAGUGACUUUGAAAUUUUGUGCGGGUUAGCCGCAUUACUUCUGGCUUUCUAUUAUUAUUCCACGUCAACUUUCGAUUUUUGGAAGAGUCGUGGAGUUCCAGGACCAAAACCUAUAUUCUUAUUUGGAAACACCAUGGAGCUGAUGUUUGCAAGAAUAUCAAUGGUAACUUACCUACAGGACCUUUAUAAAGCAUACAAAAACGAGCCGAUGGUUGGGUUGUUCAUGAGAAGAUCACCGGUUCUUGUUCUAAAAGAUCCGGAACUGAUAAAAGAUGUCAUAAUUAGAGAUUUCUCGACAUUCACCGAUCGAGGAUUUGCCGUUCAUGAAAGGACAGAACCAUUGUCAAUGAAUCUCUUCAAUUUGGAACUAAAAAGAUGGCGUCCGUUAAGAUCGAAGCUCACUCCAAUGUUCACAUCCGGCAAACUGAAAGACAUGUUUGGUCUCAUUCUCGAAUGUGCAGAGCAUUUCGAAAAAUACUUGGAUAAACUGACCGAGAAGGAAGAGCCCAUAGAUUUUCGCGAGGUAACUGCGAAAUUCACGACCGACGUGAUUGGUUCCUGCGCCUUUGGAAUCGAGAUGAGCUCGUUAUCGGACGAAGACAGCAAGUUUCGUAAAAUCGGCAGACAAAUCUUCGCCACGAACUUGGAGAAUGCAAUACGGUUAAAAAUUAAACUGUACAUGCCGAAACUGUACGAUUUGUUGGGUUACAUCGUGCCCGACAGAAAACUUGCUCCGUUCUUUACCAAGCUCGUGACAGACACUAUGAAGUACAGGAAAGGGCAUAACAUAUACAGGCCUGACUUUAUACAUAUGCUUAUGGAAUUGAAAGAACAUCCAGAGAAAUUGGGCGACAUUAAAUUAACGGAUAGUUUAUUAACUGCGCAAGCUUUCGUUUUCUUUGCUGCCGGCUUUGAAACUUCGUCGUCGGCAAUGAGCAACGCUCUUUACGAACUCGCUCUAAAUCAAGAAAUUCAAGACAAAUUACGUCAAGAGAUCAGGGAACACCUCGCGAAACACAACGGAGAGUUGCAAUACGAACACGUUAAAAACAUGGAAUACUUGGAGAAAGUGUUUAAAGAAACAUUAAGGAAGUAUCCACCAGGAUCUCUAUUGCCAAGAAAAUCUACUUCCGCCUAUACUUUCAAGGACACAAAAGUCAGUAUACCGAAGGAUUCAAUAAUAUGGAUUCCAAUGUACGCGUUGCAUCACGAUGCUGACAUUUAUCCAAAUCCGGAAGUGUUCAAUCCAGAGAAUUUCAACGAAGACGCCAUUGAGGCUCGUCAUCCGAUGACCUAUUUACCAUUCGGCGAUGGACCAAGAAAUUGCAUCGGUUCACGUUUCGCUAUUUUUCAAACCAAAGUGGGUCUAAUCACGAUUCUUCGUAAUUAUAAAGUGGACGUUUGUGAGAAAACUAUGAUUCCAUACGAGUUUAUCAAGACGUCGUUUCUACUGACGCCGAAGGGGGGCAUAUAUUUGAAGUUAACGAAACUAAAAACAUAAUUUCAAAGUGAAAGAUACUUUUAAAGACACUAAUUUUAAUCGUAUUAACACCGAAUAACAAAUUUUUCUACGCUUGUGUUGUAAAGUAAAUUUUGUAAUUGUGACAUGGCAAGGAACUGAGAAAAGGUAAUUUUUGAAUAUAAAUAAAUUAGAUCGAUAGUUCGUAGACGCA